AUGGAAGUUCCCACAAUCCACCAGAAGUGGGUAGAGGAAACCUCUGACCACACUAUCGAGGGGUUCGCGACCAAGUUUUUGUACACCGAUCCACAAAUUGCGUACCUUGAUUUCAAGGCGGCCGUCGAAAAGUCGCGACUGAAGGCCCAAUCGAAGACUUCGAAUGAAGCGUUGACGGGAGAUGAGGGUGACGCGUCAAUCUCGUCAAUCCCCCUACAAAAAAACCGGAGCGCUCGCUACCAAAUCCGAUCAACCUCAAAGAAGACGAGAGGCGGCGAUGAAGCAGGCGGCGAUGAAGCAAGCGAUGGCGAAAGCGACAGUGAAGUAUUAGAAGAUGAGGCAGGUGUCCAGGAUGAAGAAAGCCACUGGAACGUUAUUCGAGAACUCCGCGAGGCGGAGAAGGACACCGAACCUGGAUUUUAUCCACUCUUUCGGGCACUCUACCAUGCGAUUAAGUCGUACCAAGUGUUUGUGGACGUGAACGACGAUGUGGAAGAGGCGCGACUAGAUGAUCUGAAGCACCAGCUCAGAAUAGACAUGGCUCACUUCGAGGAGGGAUCAACAAAGAUGGUGGUUGCCGAGAUAUUGAUGAUCCUCGUGAAGCGGUGUGUUUCGGACAAAUUCGGUCGUUCCAAGAGAACAGAGUCAUUCACACUCUUUGUUUGUGGGGAAACGAUCCUCAGAGAGGCCCAGAGAGAUCAAGUUGCUGUUCGUGUUGUUGUAGGCUCGAAGGCCGCGAUUGGUCGAGCUGGCGUAUCUGGCCGCAAGCUUGAUUUCAGAUUGAUCGCCACCAUCAAGACGGGUCAGCGCUUUGAGCCGUUUACCUUGAGUAACGAUGAGCACAGAGGCCUUGGAUCGUCGGGGUUGGCAGCAGACAUCCAAAGGAAGAAAAAUAUGCGCCUCAAUAAGAGCAUUGUCAUGAACGGAAAAAGACUCGAGGGGACCUGGAACAUUAUGUGUCCAUUCAAAGAUGUGAUGCUAUGUUGCGAAACGGAAGAACCUCCAUUGCGCCUCCCAUCAAAUGAGUUCGAGUUGGGCGGUUUUUUACUUGAGGAUGGUAUGGAGCGCCUCUUGGCAUACAGGUUCCCAGUGCCUCUGUCCACACCCACGCUCAAGCUCCUUUACAGUCGGAACUCAGUACCCCUGUCCACGCCCAACAUCCCUUGA